AUGGCUGAUCAAUUUGGAUACGUGUGUAGCAUUGAAGCACCUGGAGCUCCACAAUGUUUUUAUGCAUCUUUUCAGGAAAUGGGCAUCAAGGACGACUUUCAUGAGAAGUCCAUUCUUGUAUGCAUUGAUGAACUGUGUGGACAACAGACAGACAUUCAACCUUACGCUUCAUCUUUACCCCCACCAGGACAGUGUGUAAAAAUGGAGGCUGCAGCUGGAGAUUCUGAGCACAGAUUUGCAGAGUACAACUUCUCUUCCAUGCAGAGAUGUCAUGUUUGUGACAAGUUUCUCUACGGUUUGGUGCGCCAGGGCUUGCAAUGUCGGGAAUGCGGUAUGUGCUGUCACCGAUUCUGCCAUGCCCAGCGACCCACCGAGUGCAAUGUACCACAGCUAGAAAGAGUCCGUCGGCAAAGUUUUGUUGCAA